AUGAGGGAGCUCGCUGCCAGGAUUCUUUCGAAAAUAUCGCCAAAGUAUAUCAUAUACGCCGUGGCCUUCAUCAUCCUAAUCUCAGCAUUUGGCGACCGCACAAGACCCCCUCCGUCAAAUCUGGCACAAUAUGGUGUGACUCAAAGAAUACAGGCCUCCGGGGCAACAGCGACAGUCUAUCACUAUAAAUUACCCAAUGGGACAUCGUACGCAGUGAAAGAGUUUCGGGGGAAACGACAAGGGGUAUCCGAAGAGGCCUACAUAGCCAGUGUCCACAACGAGGUUGCUAUUGCUGCACGCCUUCACCAUCCACGGCUACUGAAGAUCCUCGACUGCUUUCUUGAAAAUGGAACUUGGUAUACAGUUAUGCCGUAUGUGCCAACAACAUUAUUUGACAGAGCGAUGGGUAAUGGCACCGCCCUCACUCAUGAUGAAGUGGACUGUAUUUUCCGCCAGAUUGUGGAUGGGGUGGCUUACAGCCAUGACCAGGGGGUGGCCCACUUGGAUAUCAAACUCAACAACAUCCUACUCGAGAAUGAAACGGAUGUCAGACUGAUUGAUUUCGGCCAUUCUCAAUUCUUCAACAAUGCAAAAGAGGCGCGGGUUCAAGGUUGGUGGCGUACCUCGAUCCCAUCCCCAAUCUUACCAUGCAGAUGCAUAUGCAAUCCUGAUCCUGAUCCUGAAGCGACCUGUGAUAAGAAAAAUAACGUUCCAAUAGGGAGAUUCGGUACCCCACCAAAUGCGCCGCUGGAAGCAUAUCAGGCCAGUGCUUAUGAUCCAUUUCCCGCUGACGUGUGGGGUGUGGGGAUCAUCUAUUGUCAACUAAUUGCCCCAAAUGUGCCUUGGAAUAUGGCGGGCCAUGCCGACAAAUUUGCGAUGUUCUCCCCAUCCGUACCGCAGGGGCCGUCGCCACCCGACAUGAUUCAACUCCAAGCCACUGUGGAGAUGGUUCUCAAUCAUAUUCCAAUGCGCGCCCGCCCAUUAAUUGGGAGUAUGUUGCAAUCAAAUGCGAGCCACCGCGUCAGCAUGAGAGAAGCAUUAUCGGAUGGGUGGAUUCGUAGUCUGCGUCGCUGUGAGCUGGAUCUUGCCUCACAUCAUUGA